ACGACACCACGUUCUCUUCAACUCAAAAGAAGCAACCGAAAAUGGGGCGCGUCUUCGAGGAGUAUGUAGACAGCUCGCGCGUGUUCCGCUGCGCCAAAUGCAACGCGCACCUUGCGCGCAACGAAGACAUCAUCUCCAAGGUGACACUCACUCUUUCCAUCUCGAUUCGCCGUCUUUAUCUUCAACUACUUGUCGUUAUCAGAAUUUCCAAGGCACCAGCGGCAAAGCCUACCUCUUUGACACGGCAGUCAACGUCUGCACCGGUCCGCCGGAGGAGCGGAUGCUCAUGACUGGACUGCACGUCGUACUGGACCUUUACUGCAACACGUGCUGGAGUCCCGUGGGCUGGAAAUACAAAGAAGCGCAUAACGCGUCGGAAAAGUACAAGGAAGGCAAAUUCAUUCUCGAGUUAGCCAAGACGGACCAGUUGCCCUGAGUACAGCGAGGCUUACAAAUCUGGGCCGGAGAGGGACGAAGAGAUAACUACAGCAACAGGUGGACGACACACAAGCACAGUGAACUCCACUCAUCACUCUCUCAACCACCACAAGUGACCGUGUAUGCGUAUAAACCAAGUGACGUUGUUGUGUAUCCACCCACCGCCUUGUUACAGGAACUCGCUCGUGUAUCGCUUGUGCUCCCAUUCGCGUAGAGGAUAAUACUGUGCCUGCACUUGGUUACCGCCGAAGAACCGGCCGUGUAGUGCCUGUUUGGCCUUGGCGGCUCCAGCUGCAUCGUCAAACAACACAAACACACGCACGUGGUCUGCUAACUCAUGGAUUUCCACCUUCUUGACGAUACCGAACUUGCCACACUCGCCACGCACCUCGUCCUCCAACUCGUCGUCCACUUCGCCGCGGUUCACGAGGUUCAUCAAGCAGAGGCAGCACUUCUCGUCGGUCUCGGUCGUGUCCCUCACCUUUUCAACGUCGUCCUCACCAAACGGCUUCUUCUCGGGCUCAGACACUCCGUUGGCCCCGUCAGCUGUUGCUCCUGAUCCAUCGCGCACUACUUUGUCCUGACUGGUGGCGAGGUUGAUGAGCAUUGCUGCUUCACUGGCUUUGCCAACCUUGAGCGGUUGUCCAGCCAACUCGAACCCGUUCAUGUGCUGGAUCGCGCUCAGUGCGCAACUCUCCUCCACAAAUUCCAUGAAGCCAUAACCACGGUGCUACAAUUAAAGAACACUCGUCAGCAAUGUCAGCAUUUUUCAUUUAAUAUGUUGCAAUGCAUACCACCCCAGAUUCCAGUGGAGAGACCGCCGCCAUGACACACGAGUGGAUAGCUCCAAAUGGAGAAAAAAUACUCUCUAAAUGCUGACUGUUGAGCUCCACGCGUACGUUCGCGAUGUAGAUGCACUUGGUCGGAACGCUGUACACAAAUCAAGAGCCUCGUCAGCUAAAAACCUCCCACCAAACAGAUAUACUGUCGUAACUCACUUUUUGAUCGCCUCUUGUCCAAUCGACAGCGAAUCGUUCGGGUUUGUGUUUCCGCGAUGCGGCCGACCAACCUGCAGUUAGUACAAUCAGCAAAUGGUUUCAUAAACAACCUUAAACCUGUUACCGGACGCACCCGGAUGGCUCGAU